GCCUCCUGUCAGGCGCCUGCGAGCCGAGAUGGCGGCGGCGGGCGGCGGGGCGGCACGGGGCGGAGGGGCCGCCGCCGCUACCAGCACCAGUUUCCGGCGCUCGGGCGGCAGCCGCCUGGCCGCCGUGCCCGGCACUCGGCCCGCCCUCCGCCGCGGGCAGCUGCUGCUCUCCUGCGGGGUCCCCUCCCUGGACUGUGUGCUAGGUGGAGGCUUAGCCGUGGGAACCCUUCUUCUUAUCGAGGAAGAUAAAUACAGUGUUUACUCCAACCUGUUGCUCAAAUAUUUUCUCGCUGAGGGAGUUGUCUGUGGACAUGACUUGUUUGUUGCUUCUGCUCAGGACCCUCCUGCCAACAUCUUAAAGGAACUUCCAGCCCCUUUGCUUGAUGAUAACUUCAAAACUGAACGGGUAGAAGCGACAGCUUCUGAGUCUGAAGAUUGCCAGGAUUCUAUGCAAAUAGCCUGGCGCUACCAAAAUGUACCAAAAGUGGAGACCAGCCCAACAACAUCUAUAAAAUUUGGACACUAUUAUGAUGUUUCUAAAAAAAUGUCUCCAGAACUGCUUCAAUCCAUAAAAUGGCACAGUUUUUUCCUUCCUGAUGAGUUGCCGUUAGAGCCUAAACUAAAAAUGUGUAAUAUGAACUGCGGUUAUGCAAGGCUGCUUCAGUCCAUUCAGAGUGUCAUUUACCAGGAGGGAUUUGAUGGCUCUCAGCCACAGAAUAAACAAAAGAAUAUUUUACGGAUAGGAAUUCAGAGUCUCGGUUCCCUGUUGUGGGGUGACGACAUUUGUAGCAGCAGUACUCCUGAAGAUAUUCACAGUCUUACAAAAUUUCUGUAUGUUCUACGUGGCCUCCUCCGAAAAUCUUUGUCAGCUUGCAUCAUCACCAUACCUUCUCACCUUAUUGAGAAUAAAGCAAUUAUGGAACGUGUAACAAACUUGUCAGAUGUGGUAGUUGGUCUUGAAUCAUUUAUUGGCUCUGAGAGAGAAACCAAUCCAUUAUACAAGGAUUACCACGGUUUGCUUCAUGUGCAUCAGAUUCCUCGGCUUAAUAGCUUGAUCUGUGAUGUGUCAGACACGAAGGACCUUGCUUUUAGAUUAAAAAGGAAGCAGUUCACCGUUGAGCGCCUGCACUUGCCUCCAGACUUGUCAGACACAGUGAGCCGCUCAAGCAAACAGGAUCUGGCAGAAUCCGCCAAACUGCUGAGCUCAGGAUGUGGUGCUAUGGCCAUCGGCAAGAAGCACCUGGACUUCUAGUGAUUUCUACUUAGCAGUUCCACUCAGAUUUGUAUGACACUCUAAUUAUGAGUGUUAAUGACUUAUAUAAAUAUUUUUCUUAAUGAUUUGACCCAGCAGUCUUUAAAAAUACACAUUAUCAUAUGGUGCCUUAUUUUUCUCGUCCUGGUUUCUUUGUACUAAUUUGGGGCUUGAUUGGAUUUUGCUUUUGGUUAAAGCUUCUGUUGUGUUGGUUCCUGCCAUUGUUCUGCUCUACUGGAAAUGUGUAGUGUUUUUAUCCUUUCCUUCAAGUAUGAAAAUGAAUAUUACACCUUCAUUUCUAUUUUUUUAACAAUAAAAAUAAAGGAUCAUUUUUGUAAUGGAAUUUGUAUAUACAUACAUUUACUAUUUUGUAUGAAUUAUAAGUUAAGUUGGACUGUUUAUUGAGAUAAAUGAAUGAAAAUAAACAAUUUGGUGUCACAUGUUAUUCCAAGAUCAAACUGCACAUUUAUUGUUUUUAAAAACAUUCUUUUUUGUAACUGAAAUACUAUUAAUAAAUUUCAGGAAAUACUUUAGGUGUUUCAUGUAAUACAUAAUAAUAAAUUUAGGUUUCAUUCUGAUCUGCCAGUAAUUGAGAAUGGUUGGGUUUUUUAUCGGAAUAUAUUAUAGAUAAUUAGUUUGCCUUAUGGGUUAAUACAUGUAUUAAAAUGCACUUGAAUGGAAUUUACUAAAUGUAGAAAAAAAAGAACUGAUUUCCUUAUGUAGUUCAAAACAGCAAUCCUAAACAAUUGAAGUCAGCACUAUGAAAUUAUGUCAACAGACAUAAUUCAAGAUUGAAAUUCAAGCCGACAGCUACAUUUAUGCUGGAAUACCAGAAGAGUGCAUUUGAGCUUGGGGAAGAGUAUCACAGCAUGCUGGUCUAAAGCAGGGCAGAGCACAAAAGUAAUUCAGGCUCCUUUCCCAUCGUAUGUAUACUGCUUGUGAACUUGCAGCUGUUUUGUAUGCAUCUGUGUGUACGUACCAUCAAACAAAAGAACAGUAGAGCAAUGCUGACCUGUAAAUUAAAGUGGUUUGCAUUGUUUCUUCUGAGGCUGCCUUCCAUUUUGAAAGGUAAUAUAUUCUUCUCCACCGAACUUGCAAGCCAGCCAACUGUAAGAUUGCAUUACAGUUGCAGAUUUUCGUCUUUCUAAUAGUAUAUUACAUGGCUGGAGUGAAAUUGACUCUUCGGAGAGCGUGUUAAUAUGAUGCAGUAAUGCUAAGUUAUUUUGAUGGGUUGGGAACCAAGAGUUGGUUAAGUGGCUUGCUUUUUUCUUAUGCAGUCCAGGUUCUACUUUAUUUUUUUCUUGACAACGCUGUGUAAAACAAAGACAUCGCUUUUAAAACUGUCUAACUAAUAUGAUGAAUGUCAAUCACUUAAAAAACUCCACUGUAGCAUAAACACAUACUGUAUACAGCUUUUAUUCUGAAUUAGAAUAAUUGAAUCAAUGACAGUGAUUUGCCAGGAUGUCAAAUCUAUCCAUCAUAUCCUGUCACUACCAGUUUAUUUUUUGUGAUCAAAAUCAAAAAGACUACUAUUUUGUCAUCAGCUAUUUCAUUAGUAGUAACAAUCAGGUUUUCUCUUCUAUAUUUUUUAGAUAUGCCUGUUAUAUUUUUUAUGUCUAAAGACACAAAUCUUUUUUAAAUCUUUUCAAAAUAAAGUUUCAGAACUGAACUGUCAGUUUAAUAAAGCAAGAAGACAUCUA